AUGGCUUCACUUUCGACAGACGGGCUCAUGCCUCCUCUUGUUGUUCGUAACAAGCGAGGACGAAAGGUCGACGAAACCCUCCCAAAGAGUCACCAACGAGAAGUACAACGUCAGUUCCGAGCUCGUCGAGCUGGUCAUCUUCUAGAUUUGGAACGACGAGUAAGCUUACUCGAGCGUGAAAACAUCAUUCUACGUCAGAUGGCUCGUGUGCGCCCGUCUGACCGCUAUCUCCUCGGCCGCGGACCCACUGGGUGCGACACUGCAAAGCCCCUCAUCGCAGACGAAAACGACCCAGAAAUUCACAUUGUCCCAGAGAGCGCAUAUCCUCGCGAUGGACCGUGGUCUUCAACCUCUACCUCCGCUCCCUCCCAUCAUCUGCCUGUCGGAAAGCCCAAUCAGGCCAUCAGCGGCGGCGUCAUCACGCCCACCGCUGCGCCCCCCUCUUCCACGGCAGUGCCCGCGUUUGAAAAGUCGGGAUACGAUCAAAUCCCCUAUCCCGACGUGAGCAAGUACAAGCCUCAUCCGCUUUACGACCAGCACAAGCUGUUGGAGCAACCUGCUGGUCUCACGCCCUACGAACAUGGUUCUUCCGCACUGGCAACCGACCGACACCAGACGCCAAGACCAGAAAUUUCUCCGGCCCAUUCUACGCCAUACUACACCAUCCCGCACCGUGCCUCCUUUUCGCGUCCAGGAGACUCGUACGGCCACCCAGAUGUGACGGCAGGCCACCAAUCGAGCUAUCAUACGGGUCUCCCGCCCUGGAAUGACAAUUAUGGAUCGACUUCUAUCGUCAACAGGAGGCCGGUGCCGCUCACCCCGAUCAUCACCCCAGGCGGAAUUUCGUCCAACACCGGAGCCAACUCGUCUCCUUCCUCCCAGGCUGCAUCCAACGCGACUCCUGUGACGGAUUCCCGGCCUCAGACGAUGAGCAGUGACCCUCUGUAUGGUGCUCACAGGCAGCCGACGGCUUCCUCGUAUUCGCACCAUGCUUAUCCUGGCACUUCGUCGACUCCAGCUCCGGCUUCAUCCGCAUACAUGACGCCUACCUCACAGGUGCCCGCUUCAGGGAUCAACAUGUACCCGGCUCACCUCGACCCUGCGUCUCAUGAUAGUCAAGACUCGUUCCGCCAAUAG